UCAUGGUAAGCUUAUUGCCUAGUAGACCAACUGGCUAUUUGGGUUUUGGCGCAGGCAGAAGAUGAUAAACCGGAAAUGAUGAAAAGGACAAACUCACAUGAGCCGAAACAGAUCAUUCAUGGGCCCCUACGUAGUGCAACCCUUCUCCUUCUUCUCCUCCUCCUUCUUCUUCCCCUCUCUCUCUCUCUCAAUUUCAUCAUGGGUAUCUAUCUUUCUAAUUGAGAACCAAAAUUAGAGAAAUUUCUUUGUUUAUUCGUUAUCAAUUCCGGCUAUAGCCUCACAGGAGUAAGCUAACUGUAGCUAGCUCAAUAUUCCUCUCAGUCUCAUCCUUCCAGCUAGCUACCUCAACAACUUGUGCAAAUCAUCCAUGUCUUUGUCUUCUUUAGGGUUUUGGGUCAAAGAAGAAGGCACCGACCGGCCGUUAUUCUUCUGAUUUCUUUUGCUCCUCUGGGACCUCAAAGAUCUGACACUGAGAUCAUACAAUUACAAUUAAACUAAGAAACAAGGUGAAUCAUGCUGAACUUUGUUCAACAAGAAAAAGGGUACUGUAAUAAUGAAGAAGAAGAUGAAGAAACGACGAGAGUGAUGAUAAGAGAAGCCAGUAAGCACCAUCCUUUUUCUUCUUCCUCCUCUUCAUCUUUUGCUUCUUCCAGUUACAAAACUUCUGUUCCUUCUCACCGAAACCUAUGGUUGGGGAGCUUCGAUUCUCAAGAAGAGUACAAAAGCCAAGAAACAACAAUCAAUUUUGACAAAAAGCUUGAGCUGAUGGACUUAUCACUGGGAAAUAAUCAUAAUAAUGAUGAAGAACCAACCACUGGUACUAGUACUGGUACUGCUAAUGGUGAUAGUAGUAGUAGGUCUAUCGAGAAAGAGAACAUGUUUGAUAAAGUUGUAACACCAAGCGAUGUAGGCAAGCUGAACCGUCUUGUAAUUCCGAAACAACAUGCCGAAAAGUACUUUCCACUUGACUCUUCAUCAAACGAAAAAGGGCUUCUCUUGAAUUUCGAGGAUCGGAAUGGUAAAGCCUGGCGUUUCCGAUAUUCUUAUUGGAACAGUAGCCAGAGCUAUGUGAUGACUAAAGGAUGGAGCCGUUUUGUGAAGGAAAAAAAGCUUGACGCAGGAGAUAUCGUUUCGUUUCAGAGAGGUGUCGGUGAGGUAGGCAAAGACCGUUUAUACAUUGAUUGGAGGCGAAGGCCUGAUGCUCCAGAUCCCACAUCUAUUGCACAAAUACGUCUUCAAAAUCAGCUACAAUUUCAAGAGUCAAUCCGGUGGGGUAGACUCUACUCACUUCCCCAAUCGCUCUCCAUUCCAAGAAACUAUGAGCAAUUUCAACGACUAAAUUAUAGUAAUAUUUAUCCUUCUUAUUAUCAUCAUCAACAACAUCACCACCACCAACAACAACAGCAGAUGUUUUCGUAUGGAAAUGCUUCAUACUAUAAUUACCCAAUAAGGUCAUCAUCCUCAACACAGAAAAUUGAGGCGGUCCAAGAGAGAGGAAACGCUGCGCUCGUGAUUGAUUCUGUGCCUGUUGUUCAUGGUAAUACUGCAGCUAAAAGACUUAGGCUGUUCGGCGUUAACAUGGAGUGCUCUACACAAAUAGAAUCAUCACCCAGUAUAGUUCAUCCCCCAAUCAGUUCAGUCCCAUACCUUCCUCCCCUCCAAUCAAGGCAAUCUGAGUAUGCAAAUAAAGGAAAAUCUUCCUUGUCUUUUGAUUUGGAUCUAUAAGCUUAUAUAUAUCCAGUGAUCGAUAAACACCCAAGAAGAAUAUUAUUAAUGUGAAACCUUUGAUUUCCUUUUGUUGUUUCCAUCACAUUUAAUUGCUAUAUAUGUGCAUUUGAAGAAAAUUAUAGAAACAUUUUAGCAAUCGAAUUUUAUUUUUCAUUUUUAUUUCCUUCUUCCUUCAGUUUUCAGUACAUUAAUUAGUUAGUUGAGGUUUGGGAUUUGUAAAGAGCUAGCUAGAGAUGAAAGAGAGUGCAACAAUACGGAAUUCAAAACCUUCAAAUGUACGUAUAAUAUAUUAUAAAAUAUAUAUAACUAUACAAAUAUUUAUCAGCUUAUAAUUAUUCCCA